GCGCGUUUUCCAGCAAUCUCUCAUUCAGUUCUUCUCUUGGCGUUUAGUUCAAUUGGAUUCGUAUGAGUACAAUCAUCUCUCUAUAAUGUAUGUGCCCAAGUGAUUACAGAUUGAGAAAUCGCGUAACCAUGGCAGGUUGGAUCUCUUCCAAACUCAAAGUCGCCGAGACCUUUCUUCAACAGAUCGAUCAACAAGCUGCUGAAUCGUUAGGGAAGGAUGAUAAACGUCAAUCUGAUGAAUUGAAUCUCGAUUCACCUAGAAAAACUGGCGAAACAUUGCCCUUGAAGGAUCAGCUGAAGAAGAAGAGAGUAACUGAAACCCAUUUGAAGAAUGGGAGUAGUGGUAAUAAUAGGGAUAGGAAGAAGGAGAUUGCUCCUGUUGUUGGGAAAUUAAAAUCUCCAGUGAACCCUAAUUCUGAUAUUACUGAUGGUGAUUGGACUGAACUUCUCAGUGCACCCAGUUCGCCCAAAUCACCACCAGGUCCUAGUCGAAGUAAUGCAGUGCCUGGGAUAACUGGGUUGCGUAAAGAUAUUCGUAAGCAGGGGCUGAACCUGAAGGGUCAAAAUGGAGGUUCAAAGGCUUCUUCAAGGUCAGAUAUUGUCUUGGAGAGAAGAUCAAAUGCCAAGAGCAUAGAUGGGAGAAAGAAUGAGAAACGGGAUUUGGAAUUCACUGCUUUAAAGCAGAGAGUUUCAGAUGCCACAUCCGAGAGCGAUUGUAGUGGUAGACAUUCCAGUGGACGAGAACUUCGUGGUAACAACAAUGUCAGUCUGAGCAGAAAUGCUGAGGCAGUUGAUGGAAAAAGUAGCAUAGCCACUUCUCCAGUGGAGACUUCAGUGGAUGGAAGUCCAAAAAGUAUAGACAAAGAUACAUCCCCUAAGGUUGACAGGAUUUCUGAUGCAAAUGUGAGAAAGAAGGAUGAUGAUGAUGCUGUUAAGGAAAUAAAUGUGCCAGUGCUCAAUUCUGAUUCUCUGAAAAAGGGAUCUUUCACUUCCUCUUCUAUUAAUAAUGGGGAAUCUGAUUCAGAGACCGACUCAACUUCAACGUCUGGCUCAGAAAGUGAAGGUGAGCGGGAGGAAAGGAAGAGGAGAAGUGCUCAAAUAUUGGCUGAGAAAACAGCUGCCAAAGCAAGAAAAGUUAUUGAAGAGCGCGAAAACAUGGUGGCAAGAUUGGAGGGUGAGAAACAGAGUUUAGAGAAAAUACUUGAAGAACGAGCCAAGCAACAAGUGCAAGAAGCUUCAGAGCUACAAAAGACGAUGACAGAAACGAUGGAUGCUGCUGAUGUAGAGAAGCAGAAACAUAAUAAUACUAGAAUGGAAGCCCUUGCACGAGUAGCAAAACUUGAGACUACCAAUGCUGAUCUUGCUCGAUCUGUUGCUGCAGCACAGUGGAAUUUGGAAGUGGAGGUUAAUCGGUUGGCAGAACUUCGGCAACAAAUUGAGGUUAAAGAAUCAAAACAUGAAGAGCUCAGAAGAAAGAUUUCGACCACUCAUUCAAGGGGAAAUCAUAUUGUUGCUUCGAAAGGUGCUGAAUUUGAGCAGGAGAUUCUUGAGGCUGAGUACUCAUUUCUGAUUGAGAAAAUUGGACAUUUACAUGAAAAGGCACGAACAUUGGAAUCUGAUAUACAAAUAACCCAAAACGAGAUGGAGAACCCAACUGAAGUUGAAGUCGAACUGAAGAGAAGGCUUCAUCAACUGACUGACCAUUUAAUUCAGAAACAAGCUCAGGUUGAAGCAUUGUCAUCUGAAAAGGCCACACUAUUGUUUAGAAUUGAGACUGUUUCUAGCUUUUUGGAUGGAAGCAAAGCCAUGCUUAAUGAUGAAGAAUCUGGAAUCUGGGAACUGUCGAAUUCAAAACUGAAGCCUUUGCUGGCAAACAAAAUCCAUUCUGGAAGGCAACAUUUUGGGUCAUUGGUUCAGCAGUUGGACUCAAUAUUUUGUGCAGGAUAUGCAUUCCUGAGAAGAAAUUCGACAGCACGGAUUUGGUCGAUCGUUUAUGUCGCGUGCCUUCAUUUAUGGGUUAUGUACAUUAUGUUUUCACGAUCUUCAGUGUCCGUUGAUGUUUCUUCGGGUGCUGUUUUCUCGUUGGAGAAUAUCAAUAAAACCGGAGGCAUGUGAUUUUGGCCCAUAUCUUAGGUUUUGUUUUGUAUAUACACUAAUAGUUUAUUAACGCAAAAGAUGAAAUAUUACAAUUUCUUUGGUUAUCAGGAAUUGAAUUGGUAGUUCAAUCAUGUUAUAGGCUUAAAGAAUUAUAUAAUGUGUUUGAUUGCAAUAUAAUCAUGUUUUUCCUGUUUUUUCUUUCCUAA